AUGGGGCAGAGCUUCUGGGAGCAGCUCCAUCUGGCCCUCACCCUCCUACUCCUCAAUUUGGGAUCUGCUGUGACCGGAGAAGCCCCUCACAGCUGCUAUGGGGCUCCAGGCCUGCCAGGCAUGCCGGGUGUGCCAGGCAAGGAUGGCCGGGAUGGGCUUAAGGGAGCCAAAGGCGAGCCAGGCAUCCCAGCCACUCCUGCAACACAAGGGCCCAAGGGCAUGAAAGGGGAACCAGGCAGCCCUGGCUUGCCAGGCAAAACUGGCCCUAUCGGUCCCCCUGGUCCCCCUGGAGAUCCUGGGAUGAUGGGCAUGGCUGGAGAGCCAGGUAUGCCAGGCAGCUACAAGCAGAAGCACCAAUCAGCAUUUUCAGUGAUGAGGCAGACCAGCGAGCACCCCCUGCAGAACGUCCCCGUGGUGUUCAACCAUGUCAUCACCAACAGCAACCAUGACUACAACACCACCACGGGCAAGUUCACCUGCAAGCUCCCCGGCCUCUACUAUUUCGUCUUCCACACCUCGCAGACAGCCAACCUCUGCGUCAUCCUGUACAAGAAUGGGAACAAGAUGGCCAGCUUCUGUGACCACAAGACCAACACCAUGCAGGUCAGCUCUGGUGGGAUCCUCCUCCAUCUGGCUGCUGGGAACCAGGUCUGGCUGGCGGUCAAUGACUACAAUGGCAUGGUGGGCACCAGCAACUCUGACAGCGUCUUCUCGGGGUUCCUGCUCUUCCCAGACUAG